CGCCCCUCACAGUGCCAGGAGCCACCAUGCCCCAGACCGUGGUGCUCCCGGGCCCUGCUCCCUGGGGCUUCAGACUCUCAGGGGGCAUCGACUUCAACCAGCCUCUGAUCAUCACCAGGAUCACUCCAGGAAGCAAGGCGGCAGCUGCCAACCUGUGUCCUGGAGAUGUCAUCCUGGCCAUCGAUGGCUUUGGUACAGAGUCCAUGACUCACGCCGACGCGCAGGACAGGAUUAAAGCAGCGGCACACCAGCUGUGUCUCAAAAUUGACAGGGCAGAAACCCACUUAUGGUCUCCGCAGGUGUCUGAAGAAGGGAAAGCUCACCCUUUCAAAAUCAACUUGGAAGCAGAGCCCCAGGAUGUGAACUACUUUGAACACAAGCAUAAUAUUCGGCCCAAACCUUUCAUAAUCCCAGGCCGAAGCAGUGGAUGCAACACUCCCUCCGGUAUUGACUGUGGCAGUGGACGUAGCACUCCUUCUUCUCUCAGUACUGUUAGUACCAUUUGCCCAGGUGACUUGAAAGUUGCUGCUAAGAUGGCCCCUAACAUUCCUUUGGAAAUGGAACUUCCUGGUGUGAAGAUCGUUCAUGCCCAGUUUAAUACACCAAUGCAGUUGUAUUCAGAUGACAAUAUUAUGGAAACACUUCAGGGUCAGGUGUCAACAGCGCUAGGGGAAACUCCCUCAAUGAGUGAAUCCACAGCCUCAGUGCCCCCACAGUCAGAUGUGUACCGGAUGCUUCAUGACAGUCGGGAUGAACCUUCUCAGCCUCGCCAGUCUGGUUCCUUCAGGGUGCUCCAGGAAUUGGUGAACGAUGGCCCUGAUGACCGCCCUGCUGGGACCCGGAGUGUGAGGGCUCCAGUUACAAAAGCCCAUGGAGGCGCAGGGGGUGCACAGAAGAUGCCUUUCUGUGACAGAUGCGGGAGUGGCAUCGUCGGUGCGGUGGUGAAGGCGCGGGACAAGUAUCGCCAUCCUGAGUGCUUUGUGUGUGCUGACUGUGGCCUCAACCUCAAGCAGAAAGGCUACUUCUUUGUGGAGGGGGAGCUGUACUGUGAGACCCACGCAAGAGCCCGCACGAGGCCCCCAGAGGGCUAUGAUACAGUCACCCUGUACCCCAAAGCUUAGGCUCUGCAGGCCAGGCAGGCACACACGCACCCACCCAUGCACACUGGCAUGGGAAGAAUUUCAUGGCUUGGGACAGAGGAUCUCACAGACUGUCAACUCCAAAUCCAAAGCAGGGGCUUUUAGAUGUUUUAUUUCAUUGUGUGUCAAGAAAAAGAAAUGGUUGCCAGAUGCCAGCUACAUGAUAAAAACAUACAUUUAGCUAUGUU